CUAGCUAGUUUACUAACAAAGUGAGUUACGCGUCGCGCCAGAAGAGUCGUCAAGGUUUUAGAAAGUGCGUAUGUUACGUCAGGUGAAUUGUGGGAAUUGUAGUUAACGUUCCUGAAGACAAACGACUUGGCUACGACAACGUUUGUGUUGAACACUCGGUCAGAUUCAGAAGCAAAGUUAACGGUUUUGUUGAAGCGUUAGCAGCGGUUGUUGCUACUUAGGCUGACGAGGUCAGCUUUCAUUCCAGAAGACAUGUGUGAAGCAAGAUAGACACCUGCCUCUUGCUUUGUGUGCUCCUAUUACCAAAGAGUAUGCGAUUGGCAAGAAAGUUGUCCCCACUUCCUGUUUCUGACCCAGCCAAUAGCUCGUGGACCCUCUCGCUUGUUUCAUCGCUUUGUCAUCUCAAAUGACGAGUCAUGUGACAGUGAGACGCUAGAAGUUGUUGUCUCUACCGCUGGUCUUCAUACCUACUCAGCUCUAGUUCUUCACACCGGAGUUACUCUCUGAGCAGGUUGCCCAGAAUGCUGUCCUUGGUCAUAAUCGCGAGCCUACUGGCUUUAGCCUCAGGCAAACCAUGUGAUACUGAAGUGUCCAACAGUGAGUUGUACCUGUCACUCAAUAAGAAUCUCCUUCGCUCUCUGGAGACACAGGAAGGACUCCCCAAUCCCAGUGUCCACUUGGCAUUACGGCUUUCUAAUUACCACAACCUGGCCAAGGAGAGCGAACACCUGAAUAGACUGAAAAACAAUUUGCACAAUGACAUUCAAAGUUCUCUCUCUAACAGCCAGCCUGUUGCCGGCCUCUUAGCGCUGUACACUCUGGCUUUGAAGUCCUCCUGCUAUGACCUCAACACGAUCACCUUCACAGGGAGUGAGAAGAAUGAGACACUGCUGACGCACCUGAAGAAGCAGAUGGAAGACGAAAAACACCAUAUUGCAUUCAGCCACCGCCCUUUGAGCAACUAUUACCAGUACUCUCUGGGUGUGCUUGCUCUUUGCACGAGCGGCAUCAGGGUCAACAACCAUGUCAGCAACAAGCUCAUCAAGGCAGUAGAACUUGAACACUUCAAACAUGGAGACACUGAGAGUAUCGAUACCUAUGCCAUGGCUGGAAUGGCCCUCCAGUGUGUGAAGGAAGCUGGUUCUCACGUGCAGAACGCUGCUGAGCUCGACACAGCCCUCAGCAAGAUCAAGCAGAAGCUCUUGGCCGCUCGUAGGGCCGACGGUCAUAUCGGCAAUGAGUUCAGCACAGGCCUCGCAGUGCAAGCCUUAAUAGCAAUGGGCAGCCAAGUUGCAGAGUGUGCUGCCUCAAUGGAGGCCAUGAGGACGGAUGCGAGAAGCAACACAUACCACAACCCCAUGGGCAUAUCUCAGAUCCUUCCAGCUCUCCAGCAGAAAUCCUACCUGGCGGUUAAAAGCAAGGAGUGCCUCAAUGAGGACGACACUCUGGUGCUGGAGCCCAUAGAUCCUGUGGUGGUUUUACCAAGCGAGUCCACGUUGACUGUGAUGGUGGAGGUGGUGGCGUCCAGCGGGGCCGCUGUUGUUUACUCUGUGGAUGCACCGAAGGGGAGCUCUCUGUUGGAGGCCCUUGAACUUCUCAAGGGCAAAAAUGUUGGCUUCACGUUUGAGAAGGAGUCCAGCUUGUGGGGACCCUUCUUAAGCGCGGUGAACGGAGAGCAGGCCAGACAGAGCGACCGUAGAUACUGGCACCUCUCCUCUGAUGGCACUGCACUCAGUCAGGUGUUUUGA